GCAGACGGUCUUGCUGGCUGUGUAGACCCUCUCGCCCCUCCACUUCCGAGGCCCCCGGGAACGGGCGGUGUCGGCUUGGAGGUGCUCGGGUGCACCUUCCUUCGGCCCCCAAAGACUUUCCUGGCCGCACCGAACCGACCCUUUCUUCAUGCUGCAGUGCUGCAACAUUUCCGCCACCGAGGGGGAAAAGCGGCCGCGAUCCCAAACAAAACGCAAGAAUUGGCGUGUGACUCAUCGGCUUGGAUACCUCCAGUCCCCAAACUGUCUUCCAGGACUUUUCUUGGCCGAAGCUGUCCGAUGUUUGAACCUUUUCUUCCCCGGGAAGAAGAUGGACUGAAAGCUGCCAGUUGGGGACUUUUCGUGACCAGGGCGCAGCUGGGGUUUGAAGGAGGUGAUGGGGCUUGUGCUGGCUUGUCUUCCCACUCUAGUGAAGAGUUGUUGAUGAUGUUCACUGGUUAUGCUUAGACAAUGCGCAGUUUGUUUUGAUUUAAAAUUUUGGGGGGGGAUAGGGGUAUAGGCUUGUGACGGGCAGUCGGGAUUCGGUGGAACUCCUCUUUGUCCCUGGUAGGAGAGACACCCCCCAGUCUGUCCUCGAUGCCGUCAGCCUUGGCCAUCUUCACUUGCCGCCCGAACUCGCACCCGUUUCAGGAGCGUCAUGUCUACCUGGACGAACCCAUUAAAAUCGGCCGUUCCGUGGCCCGCUGUCGACCUGCGCAGAAUAAUGCUACCUUUGAUUGCAAAGUGCUGUCAAGGAACCAUGCUCUCGUCUGGUUUGAUCACAAGACGGGCAAGUUUUAUCUCCAAGACACUAAAAGUAGUAAUGGUACCUUUAUAAAUAGCCAGAGAUUGAGUCGAGGCUCUGAAGAAAGUCCACCAUGUGAAAUUCUUUCCGGUGACAUUAUCCAGUUUGGGGUAGAUGUGACGGAGAACACACGGAAAGGUACGGUUACCCAUGGGUGUAUUGUUUCCACAAUAAAGCUUUUUCUACCAGAUGGUAUGGAAGCCCGGCUCCGCUCAGAUGUCAUCCAUGCUCCAUUACCAAGUCCUGUUGACAAAGUUGCUGCUAACACUCCAAGUAUGUACUCUCAGGAAUUAUUCCAGCUUUCUCAGUAUCUACAGGAGGCCUUACACCGGGAACAGAUGUUGGAACAGAAGUUAGCCACGCUUCAACGGCUACUAGCCAUUACCCAAGAGGCUUCAGAUACCAGUUGGCAGGCUUUAAUAGAUGAAGAUAGACUCUUAUCUCGGUUAGAAGUUAUGGGAAAUCAAUUACAGGCAUGCUCCAAAAAUCAAACAGAAGAUAGUUUACGGAAGGAAUUAAUAGCAUUACAGGAAGAUAAACACAACUAUGAGACGACAGCCAAAGAGUCCCUGAGGCGGGUUCUUCAGGAGAAAAUUGAAGUGGUUAGAAAACUUUCAGAAGUUGAGCGAAGUCUGAGUAAUACAGAAGAUGAAUGUACCCACCUGAAAGAAAUGAAUGAACGGACUCAGGAAGAAUUAAGAGAACUAGCCAAUAAAUAUAAUGGAGCUGUUAAUGAGAUUAAAGAUUUAUCGGAUAAAUUAAAGGUAGCAGAAGGAAAACAAGAGGAAAUCCAACAGAAGGGACAAGCUGAGAAAAAAGAAUUGCAACAUAAAAUUGAUGAAAUGGAAGAAAAAGAACAGGAGCUCCAGGCAAAAAUAGAAGCUUUGCAAGCUGAUAAUGACUUCACCAAUGAAAGACUAACAGCUUUACAAGUACGGUUAGAACAUCUUCAGGAGAAAACUCUUAAAGAAUGCAGCAGCUUAGGGAUACAAGUUGAUGACUUCUUACCUAAAAUAAAUGGGAGCACAGAAAAAGAGCACUUGCUUUCAAAGAGUGGCGGGGACUGCACUUUUAUUCAUCAAUUCAUAGAAUGCCAGAAGAAGCUGAUUGUCGAGGGGCAUCUAACCAAAGUGGUAGAAGAAACAAAGCUUUCAAAAGAAAAUCAGGCAAGAGCAAAGGAAUCUGAUUUAUCAGAUACUCUGAGUCCAAGCAAAGAAAAAAGUAGUGACGACACUACAGACGCCCAAAUGGAUGAGCAAGACCUAAAUGAACCCCUUGCUAAAGUGUCCCUAUUAAAAGAUGACUUGCAGGGUGCACAGUCAGAAGUUGAGGCAAAACAAGAAAUUCAACAUCUUCGCAAGGAAUUGAUUGAAGCCCAGGAGCUAGCUAGAGCAAGUAAACAAAAAUGCUUUGAACUUCAAGCUCUUUUGGAAGAAGAAAGAAAAGCCUAUCGAAAUCAAGUUGAGGAAUCCACUAAACAAAUACAGGUUCUUCAAGCCCAACUGCAGAGAUUACACGUCGAUAUGGAGAAUCUCCGGGAGGAGAAGGACAGUGAAAUCACAAGCACUCGAAAUGAAUUGCUUAGUGCCCGAGAUGAAAUUUUGCUCCUUCAUCAAGCAGCAGAAAAGGCUGCCUCUGAGAGGGAUAUUGACAUUACUUCUUUACAAGAAGAGCUUAAGAAGGUGCGAGCAGAGCUUGAGCGGUGGCGGAAAGCAGCCUCAGAAUAUGAGAAAGAAAUCACAAGUCUGCAAAACAGUUUUCAGCUUCGGUGUCAACAAUGUGAGGACCAGCAGAGAGAAGAAGCAACAAGGCUACAAAGUGAACUGGAGAAGUUGAGAAAGGAAUGGAAUGUAUUGGAAACUGAAUGCCGUGCUCUUAAAAAGGAAAAUGUUUUGCUAUCAUCAGAACUGCAGCGACAAGAAAAAGAAUUGCACAAUUCUCAGAAGCAGAGUUUAGAGCUUACCAGUGAUCUCAGCAUCCUUCAGAUAACCAGGAAAGAACUUGAGAGUCAAGUGGGAUCCUUGAAAGAACAGCAUCUUCGGGAUUCAGCAGACUUAAAAACUCUUCUCAGUAAGGCUGAAAACCAAGCAAAGGAUGUACAGAAAGAGUAUGAAAAGACACAGACUGUACUCUCAGAGCUGAAGUUGAAGUUUGAAAUGACUGAGCAGGAAAAACAAUCAAUCACAGAUGAGCUCAAACAAUGUAAAGACAACCUGAAGCUGCUCCGAGAGAAAGGAAAUAAUCCUUCCAUAUUACAACCCGUCCCAGCCGUAUUCAUCGGCCUAUUCCUGGCUUUCCUGUUUUGGUGUUUCGGUCCAUUGUGGUAGAGAAAGAAACCCUGGCCCUGGAUGCCCAUGUUGGCUGCCCUGGUUGCAGUGACAGCCAUCGUGCUGUACGUGCCAGGUCUGGCCAGAGCUUCUCCAUGAGAGCGUUUCUUGAGUCCGUACACCGUCCUCCCUCUAGAAGCUGGCAUCACACUCAUGCUGGGGACAAACAACCAUUUUCUUCCUUUUUACCUCUUAAAACAGCAGAAGUGCAAGAAUACAGCUAUAGGGUCAUUGCUUUAAAUUAUAUAAAAUGUAUCUGUCUAUAAAGAAGAUAUAAAAUUGUGACUUUAUUCAACUGUAAGCAAUAAUUUGCUUGCAAUUUUUCAUGUAAUUUUUAAAUUAGUAUGUUGAGAAUCUGAACAUUAUGGUGGCCUAAAGUAGGCUUCUUGGUACACCAAAUUAUUUAUAACAUUAAAUUUGUGGGUAUUUUACUCUGAAUUCUAAUGGCCAGAUAAUUCAUUUUUCUGAUUCGAUAACUGCCCAAACCAAACAACCGAUACCCGGGAAGAGAGGCCCUGUGUGCUCAGUGCCUAUCAGUUUGAAAUAUAUACACAUAUAUAUAUAUUUUUUUUACAUAUUUACGCCAUUUUUACUUGUUAUAAAACCACUGAGCUAUUGGGAACAAGACUUAGAGACAACUAUUUAUGUGGAUUUUUUUUUUUUUUUAAGAAGAAAUACGCUUGAAAAAUAUUCUGUUCUAGUGAUAAUUUGGGGAAUAUGUGCACGCUUGUUCGGCCUUAAUGUGACUUGACAAUAUGGAGGACACCAACUUUGAAACUUUCCAUGAGAGUAUGUCUUUUCUCAAGCAAACUGAAGUAUUUCUGGGAGCAAAAACAUAGUAAUUAUACAGUUUCAGUACAGUAAACCAAACUGUUGAGUCAAUUGGAAUGUAAUUUAUUAAACCUCAUGUAUUUAAAGAGAUAUUUUCUUUAAAAGCCAAGUUACUUUCUCAUAUACAGCAUUUUAGAAAGCAUGAUUUUUUUUCUAUCAUCUCUUCCUCCAAGCAUGUUUAAUUGAAGAAAGAAUUAAUAUCUCUUUAGAUAAGCUUUUACUGACUUAAUUUGGUUAUGAUAUUUCAAAGCUAAUUCAUGUUUGAGACGAGCUGUUGUUACCUACCAACAGAUUUCUUGGUUUGGUAUGCAAAUGGUUAUUUUAUUUUUAUUGUUGUUAAUUGGGACAUUCUGUUAAUGAGAAGCACUAUUCCCAAGAUAAAUAGUGUUCCAUGCACAAUGAAGCACCUAAACACUGCUUGAUGUUAUAAAUUUACAACACAGAAGUGAAAGUUUAGCUAUGGGUUUGUGCAGCACCACGGUUAUGUCAAUAAAGUUUAUUUAGGUCAUAGAAUAUCCUAAAGUAUCAUAUAGUUAAAAUUUUUCAGUCAAUGGAGACUAGGAGGGAAUGUCAAUGAAUUGGCUUUAAUGUUCUGUGGCAAUUCACAGGCCUAGCCAAAUAUUGAAAUAGAAGCUUAGGAUAUAAUUUGCCUUGUGAUGUUUGCCAGUCAUUGUUUCUACUUUAAAGGUUAUGUUUUAAGCUAUUUGGGAUUUGUUAUUGGGAGGAUCACUAGAUUUAUGGAGGAAUUAGUCACAAAUGACUUGUAGAAAAUACUGUCAUAUAUAGUUCAUUUCAUCAUUUUCUGUUGCAGGAAGCCACUCCACCACAGAAUGCUAAUAUGCCAGUGGUACCCAGUACCUCUUGUAUAUAGGUUAUUGCAAAUAUUGUUCUGAAAUGCUUAACUUCAGAAUUACAUUUUUUAAAGUAAAUAAUUGUUUUAAAUCUAUUUUGUAAAGAUAUAAAGUACAAUAGAAUUUCUGGAGUACAGAUUAAACUAUUUGCACUAACACACGUGAUGUGCAUGAUUUAAUAAAAUAAUUUUACUCUCCCUAUGCAUUUUUGAGUUGGAUAUCAUUGAAAUUCUCAGUACUGAUUUUACUAUUUCAUUGUUAAUAGUCUUUUCUUGAAAUGACUCUUUAUGCAACAUAAUAUAUGUUUGGUGUUCUUAGGGUUUAAAAGAAAACACUGAGCUGUUUCCUCAAAGUUUUAUUAGCCUUUUAUUUAACUUACUGCUCUAAAUUUUACCCUUUUACUAUGGUUAUUGUUAAAGCGUGACUCACUUGCUAGACAAGUCUCUUUAAAUGUAAAGUCUAGUAUCAAUAUUUACUUUAUUCAAAUUGAAUAAAUGAGUUUUUAUAGUUACUGCCACUUUUUUUCAAGAAUAUAAAUGAGCCUAUUCAUGAGCAAUACCUCCAGUUUUGUUCAGUUUUGUUCACUUCCAGGUUGAAUAAAGAGUAGGAUUAUUCACUGCUAGUAAUUGAGUCAUUAAAAAUUUUAACUACAACAGUUAAGAAUUGAACAACCCUAUAAUGAUACAUUUAAGAAUUACUCAGAGGUGCUACAUAACUGAAACUGAAAAGAAUGUGGUGUUUGAAGCUAAACAGAUCCGUUUUGACAUCCUGACUCUGCCUUUUAUUAGCUAUGUUACCUUGGGCAAAUCAUUUAUCUUUUCUGAGACUCCAUUUCCUCACCUAUCAAUGGAGAAAAUAAUAUCUGUAUUUUUAGUGAUAGAAAGAAAUUAAAAAGAUGAUGUGUGUGAAUUGUGAUUUGAGUGGUAAAUGGUGUUUAUGAAAAUGUCAUAUUGGAAAAAAUACUGCAAAUAUCAAAAAUUUUAGGUGAACCAGUACAGCUAUAUAAAAUGAAUUGAUUGACUCAAC